CAGAAUUCUCAUCGAGGGUCAGGACCACAGGCGGAAAGACAGAGGCAACCAGGAGGUGCAUCUCUUGCUGCAAGUCGAAACGGACAGAGCUCCAGCCUCAGAAAGAAGCCUCCAGUUCAAAAAAGAUGCCAAGAGGCAGAAGGACGAUACAACUCAUGAACCUUCCCUGGGGGAUGAAGAACCCAGCCUCAUCGAUGGCGACGGUGACACUGUUGAUCCUUGCCUUUCUCUGCAAAGGUCUGCGGAGUCAGUUCCCGGGAUAUGAUCUUAAAGCGCUAAAGGCUGUCACUGUGCAGAGAGGUCUCUGCAUUCACAUUCCCUGCAACUUCACUUAUCCCACUUCUGAGGAUCUGCAUCCUGGGGAAUUAUACGUCUACUGGAUUAAGAAAGAUGGUGCUUCGUCCUAUAUUGGCUAUACCCGGAAUUACUUUGCUGGUAUUGUUGCCAGUAAUGACAAGGAUCAAAGCAUUGUCUCAUUUGCUGGGAAUCGUUUCCAGUUGACUGGAAAUCCAUCAGAAGGUGACUGUUCCUUUAGCAUCAAUGACGUUAAGUUUGAGGAUGAGGGACAGUACUAUUUUCGAUUUGAGAAAGGAACCUUAAAAUUCAGCUAUUCUUAUAUUUUAACUCGUGUUUCUGUGACAGAGCUGGCAGAGAAGCCAAAGAUCCUGAACUUAUCAGAGGUGGUUUUGGGGAAGAGCACCACCCUCAUCUGCCAGGCGCCAGGGACCUGCCCAUGGAAAGAAUCAUGGACCCGGCCUCAGAUCUCAUGGAGUAAUUUGCCAGGAGCAGCAACUGCACAGAACCAUCAGCACAGCAAUGGGAGCUGGACCUUUGCUUCUGGCUUCACCUUCACACCAUCUCUGCAGGAUCAAGGCAGAGCCCUCACUUGCAGUGUCAGAUACCCUGCAGUUGGGAGAACAGUUGCAAAUACAAUCUCUCUUGAAGUGCUCUACCCACCUCAGGUCAUCAGAAUCACAAGGCCUGGACACCCUGAUUUCUCCGCACAGAAAGAAGAGCUGGUGGUCCGAGAAGGUGACACCGUCAGCUUGCUUUGUGAAGCUCAGGGCAAACCUAUUCCCUCUGUGACAUGGAUGAAGAAGAACAAGACCCUAAACAACCAUAUGCAGGGCAGUAAAGAAACUCUUCAACUGUCCAGCAUUAAAUCAGAGGAUGCUGGGAUGUAUGAAUGUCAGGCAGAGAAUCUACACGGCUCAAUCAGGAAGAAUAUUUCAGUGAUUGUGCAAUAUCGCCCAAAGACAAUGACGUUCAAUGUCACCCAUGCACACAGGAGGGACCCAGCACUAGCUCGAGGUUGCCCCAGGGAAGUAGCCAGUGGCUCCCAGUUGACGGUUCAGGAAGGCAACUUAUUGCGGCUGCUCUGCAAGGCCGAUAGCAACCCUGCAGCCACUACGAGCUGGUUCAAGGAAGGCAGGGCCUUGGAGAAGCUGCCAGAUGACUGGUUGGAGCUGGUCAAUGUGAAAGCAGAGGAUCAGGGUGACUACAGGUGCCAGGCUCAGAACGCCAUAGCUUCUGCUGAGGGAUUCCUCCACCUCCUUGUGGAAUAUGCCCCCAAGCUCAGCAAAAAACCCCAGAAAAACACUACCUGUUGGCGUAAGGACAAUGACAUCCUCUGCAACUGUUCCCUGCACUCCAAGCCUCCACCUCAGAUCCAUUGGCAACUGGACGGGAAGACUGUAACUGAAAACACGAGCACGGCAGACCUGAAAGUCUCUUCCUCAGUCCAGAAGAAUGAGGUCACCAGCUCCCUAAUUUGGACAGGUGGCCCGGAUGGUGACCUCAGCAUCAUCUGUCUUGGGAACAAUUCUCUGGGAGUCUACACCAUGCAAUUCCUCCUUCAUUCCUUGAAAACAGGCGCAGGAAGCCAUUCAGCAGUGCUCCUCUCUGGGCUGUGUGGGGCUUUGCUGGCAGCGGUUGUCUUCCUGCUCUGCCUGGGCCUGAUCAAGUUUUAUAAGAAGAGGAAAGCAACUCCGAAAGCAGCCAUCCCAGAGGCUAUGGAUUCUGCUAAUUAUGUAAACUCUGCUAAUUAUGUAAACUCUGCCAAUGGAGGGCAGCAGAGAGCCAACAACUCCAGCCUGAUCUAUAGCAACAUUUUACCUCAGGGUCAAAGAUCACCCCAUGUUGGCCCGCCAAAAGCAGCUGGAGAGAGGACCCCAAAACCCAGGCAGAUCCCCAGACCUCCCAGUCCGAGCGCCGAGGAACCAGAUGAGGUUCACUAUACAACCGUGGCGUUCAAAAGCAAGGGACCUCCACCUCAAGUGGAGGAGUCUGUGGAAUAUUCAGAAAUUAGACGGGAAUAAAAACAACAACCUUGUUUCCCAAUAGGAGAACAAUCCCACCAUGAUGGAAAGGGGUUAUUUGACUGACAAGAGGAGCUGGGUGUGAAAGUGAGCUGGACUUCAAGAAUAAGCAAACUGGAUUUAGUGUCCACCAUGUAAAUUGACUGGACAGGAGAAGCAUUAGAUAUGCCGGAUAUGGAAAGGGUCUUCCAUUUUAGUAACUCUGGUGUUUUCGACUUGUUUCUUUGUUUUUUACACAAGGAAGGAGGAACCAGAAGAAGGCAAUGGCAGUGGACAUAGUUAACCAACUUACUCUGAACGAGGUAGCUGUCAACUACCUGCCUUUUUGUCUGUGAACAUCUUCCCUCCCCAAAGUGAUUGGCUGGACUGUUGUGAUGUCACGGAAUGUUCCCUGCUCAGUAGGAAAAAACAGCACAUCAUCUUCUAAAGCAGCCUUCAGCCACCUGGUACCCUCUAGAUGUUUUAAACUGCAGCUUCCAUCAUCUGCCAGGAUACAUGGCCAAUGGUCAAGGAUGUUGGGACUUGUAGUCCAAAACAUCUAGAGCGCAGCAAGUUGGGUAAAGUUGUUCUAAAGGUUUUGUUUGAAAAGAUUAUUGGGGGGGGAGCCUAUGUUGUACAGCUCUAUUUUUUAAAAAGUAUUUCCAGUACAUCUCACUAACUCUUUUUUGCUCUGUGGCUCUUAUUUAUUUAUUUGACGUGCUUGUAUCCUGCCUUAAUAAGGAGAAAUAAUUAACAUGCUUUGUGCUUCUGUACAACAGCUGCCCUUUUUCUAUUUAGGAUGGUCAUCUCAAUAGCCCUUUCCAUACCCCCAAAAGCAUUUUGCAGAUUUCUUCCCGCGUAGCCAUGGAACAUUAGGUAAAUAGGAAACUGCCACACAAAGCACUGCUGAAUUUAUUUUGAAAGCCCCGAGUCUGCCACUGGUUGCUUUCUCUCACGCACUUGCCUAAGGCUCAGUUUCUUUUGCUGGAGGGACAGAAUGCUUCUGGUAGAUUCUGGAAUAUGUAUUUCCCCCCUUGUAGAGCUCAAGGUUCAUUUGCUGGUAUUCAAUAAUU